CAUUAGUCAGCCAGCAACGAAUUAUCUAGUGUCUUUUACACCGACCUAGUGUUGAAUGGAUGCACCUGAACACAGUCUGCUGAUGCUUUGUUCUGCCUGAAAAACUGGUGACCCCAUUCUGAAAAGGCUCAGCGAAGUAGGAGCUUGAACAGCAUGUCGAUCACAAACACACCAACCAGUAAUGAUGCUUGCCUAAGCAUCGUGCACAGCUUGAUGUGCCACAGACAGGGGGGUGAGAGUGAGACAUUUGCCAAGCGAGCCAUCGAGAGUCUGGUGAAAAAGCUGAAAGAGAAGAAGGAUGAACUUGACUCGCUCAUCACAGCCAUCACCACCAACGGGGCUCAUCCCAGCAAGUGUGUGACCAUCCAGCGCACUCUAGAUGGCCGACUUCAGGUGGCUGGACGCAAAGGUUUCCCUCACGUGAUCUACGCUCGCCUAUGGCGAUGGCCAGACCUUCACAAGAAUGAGCUGAAGCAUGUGAAAUACUGCCAGUUUGCCUUUGACCUAAAAUGUGACAGUGUCUGUGUGAACCCUUACCACUACGAGCGAGUGGUCUCACCAGGUAUAGACCUGUCAGGACUUACAUUGUCGAGUUCUGGUCCAUCUGGCCUCAUGGUCAAAGACGAGUAUGACUACGACUGUCCGUCAUCUUUACCCAGUUCUGAGGGCCACAUCCAGACCAUUCAGCACCCUCCGUCUAGACCAGUUGCUCAAGAGGGUUUCACCACCCCUGCACUUCUUGCUCCAGCUGAGGGCAGCAACUCAGCAUCCACUUCUGCCUUCUCCAGCAUCACAGUGGGAUCUACAGCUCAGCCUAGUAGUCUUCUCUCAGGAAGCCGUAGCAGUGAGGGGCUGCUACAGAUUGCUUCAGGGACAGGGCAGGGGACGCAGCAGAAUGGCUUCCCCCCAGGAAACUCCUCCACUUUUCACCACAAUGCAACCUCCACUUGGGCAAGGGGCAGCAGUUUUACACCCAGUGUGCCUCAUCAUUCAAAUGGCCACAUACAGCAUCAUCCUCCCAUGCACCAUCCUGGACACUACUGGCCAGUUCACAAUGAAAUAGCAUUUCAGCCACCUAUUUCUAACCAUCCAGCUCCUGAGUACUGGUGUUCCAUCGCCUACUUUGAGAUGGACGUGCAGGUGGGAGAGACUUUUAAGGUUCCGUCAAAUUGCCCCAUCGUAACUGUGGAUGGCUAUGUCGACCCAUCAGGUGGAGACCGAUUUUGCCUGGGUCAGCUCAGCAAUGUGCACAGAACUGAGGCCAUAGAGAGAGCAAGGCUGCACAUCGGUAAGGGUGUUCAACUCGAAUGUAAAGGAGAAGGUGAUGUGUGGGUGCGCUGCCUCAGUGACCAUGCAGUAUUUGUACAAAGCUACUACUUGGACCGUGAGGCUGGCCGUGCACCUGGUGAUGCUGUGCACAAGAUCUACCCAAGUGCUUAUAUAAAGGUGUUUGACCUGCGCCAGUGCCACCGGCAGAUGCAGCAGCAGGCAGCCACGGCUCAAGCAGCGGCUGCUGCUCAGGCGGCAGCAGUAGCUGGAAACAUCCCUGGGCCAGGCUCUGUGGGGGGCAUUGCACCUGCAAUUAGUCUGUCUGCAGCGGCUGGCAUCGGCGUAGACGAUCUGCGCAGGCUGUGCAUCCUGCGCAUGAGCUUCGUAAAGGGCUGGGGCCCUGAUUACCCUAGACAGAGCAUUAAGGAGACACCCUGCUGGAUCGAGAUCCACCUGCAUCGAGCCCUGCAGCUGCUGGACGAAGUGCUGCACACCAUGCCCAUCGCAGACCCUCAGCCACUUGACUGAGAACACCACGGCCCAUCAGCUUUGUUAGAGCCUGCGGGCGAGGAACUGACCCACUUUUUGUUUUUUCCACCGCAGUCAGGUAACGGUGCAGAUGAACUGCGUGACUGAGCGUGGAUGAAUUCAAGUUGGCACACUGCUUUGUGUUGCAAGGUCAAGGAUGUCAACACACUCAUUCAAAUUCACUUGUAAUGGGAAGACAAUGAAAACAUGCUACAUGUUUUUCUUUUUUUCAUAAAACCUAAUUGUUCCCAAGAAUGGUGUUGAAAUGGGAGUGAUCUAAAGUGAUAUCAUCAAAUCUGAAAUUGUAAGUUUCAAAAUUCUGAUGAAAUGAAUUCCACUCCUUAAAUGGAGAUACUAUGACUUUAGAGAGGGUUUAAAUGAGGUUAUUUCUUUAUUUAGACUACAUGUAUUUUUUCCUUCACAAUUACUGUAGUUUUGGCCGCACACAAAUGUUCAGGGACGUUUUGUGUACUUUAGAGCCACUAGCUGAUAAUCUCAACAUUACCGUGGAAUGUUUUGAAAAUUGCAUUCGUAAUAUAAUUGUCUCUGGCUAAAUGACUUACUGAUUGUGUGUUAAUAGCGCUUAAACUAGGCAUCACGAAGAGAGUGUUUGCAAAAAAUCUAAUGAAUACAAUUUUAUUCCAAAUGUAGUCAACCAGCUAAGACGUGUUUGGUGACUGGUCAGGGCUGUCAUGCUUACCAAUAUCUCAAAAUUGUUAAAUUAAAAAUCGCUGUGGAAUUAUUUUUCAAACUUUUGGCAUUUUCAUAUUUUUUCGCAUUUAGAACCAUAAACGUGAGCAGAAAUGUGACAGCUAGUAAGUGUUGAAUAGACAAUGUUUAGCAAUUCAAAUCAGUUUCUUUGAAUGUGUCUUGAGGCUUGCGAAAAUGGGGCUCUUCCCUUUAUAUGCAAACCAUUGAUCUUUCAUUCUAUUGCUAUUGUAUUUUAAUACUUCAUGGAAACUUUACAAUUUGCUGCAUUUUAUUGCACUGAUCUAUGAUCACUGUUUUUCGUAUUGGCUGAGAGGGCACACCUGUAUUGGCAAUCUUCUAGAAGAGCCAAUUCUAAAGGUGAAAUUCUAAAGGUGUGUGUAGCCAGUGGUCAGUUAGAGAAAGCAAGUCCUUUUUACCCACCUUUCACCUUGACUGGAAUUGGAACGCUUCAUAUAGCAUAGUUAAGUAUUUUGGAACAGAACUAGGAAAAUGGUAAUACUGACAUGAGACCUGAUUCUCACAUCAGUUCAUUUACAGUAUUUAGCAGACGCUUUUAUCCAAAGCGAAUUACAAGGGCCUUGCUCAGAAAUUCAACAGUGGCAGCUUGGUAGUGGUGGGGCUUUGAACCAGCAACGUACUGCUCACUAGUCAAGUACCUUAACCACUGCCCAUAAUUAUGACUGAAUACAAUGCAAGCAAUAGUGGAUUAACGGCUUUGAUCAUGGGGCCCAACAGUAGGCUUGGUGAUGAUUACAGUGACCUUUGUGUUACUAGUCUAGUACUAGUGGUACCCAGUACUUCAACCACUGACCUACCACUGCUUUCACUGCAGAUGUGUUUGUACAAUUAGUAUCACCCCAUCUGACAUGCCUUCAUUACCCCUGGGUUCAUUAGCCAGCUAGAAGCAACUAAACCAGAAUUCAGCUUAAACUUAGAGGCUAGUUGACUAACACAACACAUGUGGAAGGAAGAAUAAUAUCCCAUAUAAAAGUCACACAUGUCCUGGUGGUUUAAACUGAUAAAGAUUGCCUUAUAUUUGCUUAUUUAGUUUUGCCCGGGAGUUUGCAAACGAGUUGACUACAUUUGUGCUAAACUUGUGUAAAUGUGAUAAUUGUAGAUAAUUGACUCUUAUAUAGAGACACCUAAUUAUUUUAGGUUUUGCUUAAAAACGUUGGUUCCUCAUUAAGCAAAUAUUCUGUUUCAUUUACACAUGUAGUGCUUUUUUUUUUUUUUUUGGUGAUAGAAUGGAUAGGUGGUUAUAAAUCUUUUCCCCAGAUAUUCACUACCGGGAGAAGGAUUGACAUUUUCGGAGAAAACUAUCAUCUUGUCUUUUAUGCUCUGAUGAUGUGUCAGUAAAAUACACGAGCUGAAUUCACAUUCAUUUGUAUGGGCGAUAAAAAUUAGUUUUCAUUUAGCUGAACAUCAUUUUAAUUAGUAGGGCACUUUAUUUAUGUUUUUCCCCUUUGUUAAAUAUUUAAAAUCCACUAAACUGUUCUCCACCUGCGAAACAUCAGGCUUUAGAAUGGGACAUUAAACCCUCACACAGGUUCAUUUAUAGCUUUCAUUCUCAAUUACUAAACGUUCCCAUGAUACUUGGAUAUUUCUUGUUUGUCUGUCUAAAUGCAUGUUUAAAGGGCUUGUGAUUUUUCUCUCAACCUCGUAAAAGUACUUUGCCUUCUAGCAAGCCUCAUAAGGAUACCUCGCUUAGCAGAAACAUGAAUCAAUGUUUUAAUUCCCAUCUUUCUCUGUGAAUCGGAAUUCCACGUGUAUUGACUGGAAUGAUCUGGACAGCAGAUGUGUUUCCGUGUGAACCUGAAGCCAUAUGAAAUCAGACCAGAUUGAAAAAUGUCAGUAUUACUUUAUACCAUUAUGUGGGUGUUGUUUUGGGCUAUGAGUUGGGUCUUUUAAGUACAGACUGACUGCGAAUUUAGACAAUCUAAUCGGCAUGGCCUGUCUCAUAGUGGGCUUACUUAGCGAAUGUUUUGUUUAGCUAAUUUUACUAUACGCAGCUUAAUAUCUCAUAUAGCUCUUUUUUGAAAGGAGGACUACAGUUUCCAUAGGAACAUAAGAACUUGUUCUUUCAGGUAGAUUAUCAAUUUUAUCAAUUAACUGAAAUAUAUUUGAAAGUAGGAUGUUGAACGAA